AUUUUAGGCGACUAUAAGUCCCUGGUCCGAAACUCUGAUAUUCAAAAUUGGAUUUUUUCCGGACCUCCCGAGUCCCACUCGCGUACCAGCAGUAAUACAUGCUCAAUUGUUUCAUAGCAUUUACGACAUAGAGGGCAGGUGGGUUCAGGUAUCAUUUUUUCGCUUGAACAGAUUCUCUGAUGUUGGUUUGAGAGUACACGGAUUCAUUGCAAGCCCGAAAUUCAGCUACGUGCCCGGCUAGAUUUUUGAUUUGCUGGACCGACGGAGGAGGGAGCGCCGUGCCCUUAGGAUCAAAAGCCGAGGAACCUGCGCUCUCCGCCGCUAUUGCGAGCACCAAACGAACAAAAGGUCGUAACUUGGACCCAAUCAAUCUGCAACCUUGCCUCGCGGCGGCAACGGAAAAAUCCAAAUUUCUACACGACCCAUGUUGCGCUCGUCCAUUGCUCGCGUGAUUUCGGUCUCAAUCACCUCCGAAUUUCACAAAUUUUCGACCUUGCACUCGUCUGCAACCUCUCCUGCUGAGAAAUUUUACUCUUGCGUUCAGCAAAAUGGGGGCAACAUUGAGAAAGCCCUAGCCACUGUCCGAGCUCAUCUCGACUCUUCGUGCGUCAGUGAAGUCUUAACCAGGUGCUCCACUGAUCAAUCUCUUUUGGGUCUCAGGUUCUUCGUAUGGUCUGGUCUUCAGCCUAGUUACAGGCACAGCUCUUACGUGUAUGCUAAAGCUUGUGAAAUCUUUGAAAUUAGACGAAACCCACGAGUCAUUCGGGAUGUUAUCGAGUCUUACGGUGUUGAGGAGUGUCUAGUUAGUGUCAAGGCCGUUAAGGUAGUUUUGAAUCUGUGCAAGGAAGCUAAGCUUGCUGAUGAAGCCUUAUGGGUGCUCAGAAAGAUGCCCGAAUUCAAUCUGAGGGCCGAUACGGCGGCUUACAAUAUUGUUAUUAGGUUGUUCUGUCAAAAGGAGGAUAUGGAUAGUGCAGAGAAAUUGAUGAGAGAGAUGAGCGAGGUCGGUCUAUACCCUGAUAUGAUCACCUUUGUGGAGAUGGUUAAAGGGUUUUGCAAUGUGGGUAGGUUGGAAAAUGCUUACCAGUUGAUCAAGCUAAUGAGGGGACAUGGCUGUGUGCCGAACGUGGUUGUUUACUCGGCUCUCCUUGAUGGUGUGUGUAGGAAUGGGAACAUGGAUAGGACAAUGGAAUUGUUGACGGAGAUGGAGAAAGAUGGCGGUGCUUGUAGUCCAAAUGUGGUUACUUAUACUUCAGUUAUUCAGAGCCUUUCUAACAGCGGUUUGACAAUGGAGGCACUGGGAAUAUUGGAUAGAAUGAUAGCUUAUGGUUGCACCCCUAAUAGGGUUACAGUUGCUGCCCUACUUGAGGGCCUUUGCAAGAAAGGCCAAUUGGAGGAGGCUUAUAAGUUGAUUGAUAAAGUUGUCUCAGAAGGUUCUGUUCCAAAUGGGGAUUGUUAUAGUUCUAUGGUGGUGUCUUUGAUGAGAUAUAAAUUUUUCGAUGAGGCGGUAAUGCUUUUUAAAAGAUUGUUGGAUUUUGGGUUGAAACCUGAUAGUUUGGCUUCUAGCCUUAUCAUAAAGGAGCUUUGUACUGAGGGGAGGGUGUUGGACGGACUUCAAUUUUUUGAUGAUAUUGAGAAAAUGGGGUGCUUACUUUCAAUUGAUUCUGAUGUCUAUUCGGUUCUCUUACACCGGCUUUGUCUGCAUGACCAUAUGAUUGAGGCUGCCAAGGUUAUGAGGAUGAUGUUUGAUAAAGGUGUACGCCUGCGAACUUUAUAUGCUGAUGACAUAGUUGAACAUCUGAAGAAAUGUGGUGACAACGAGCUUGUAUCUCUCUUGAGUGAGAGAUUCAGGUGAUCUUGCAGAAGAGGAAGUCAAGCAAAUUAAAUGCUAAAUUAGAUUGCUUGUUACGAAGGUGCACAAGGACUGGGCGAGUAGCUGUCUAAUUGUGUGUAGAAUGGGAUUAAAAAGUCCGGAAGAUGUUUGCAGACCAUGGAACUGACUAUUGUAACAUUCCUUUCAUAUGUUUAUGCUUCCUGGCAGUUCAAGCUCCUAUUGAUGAUAGUUCUGUGUGUUACUUAUCAGCCUUUUUGCCGAGUAUUUCGGAGCAAACGUUCUUGAACCUUUCAGAGUUCAAGUAUCGGCCAAUUGCAACUUUUCUUGACUCUGACUGCUGGAAUUCGUGUGCUAUGCAGAUCGUGUCCCGCUGAGGAAAAUUUCCGCUCACUCUGGACUCCUCGGACAGCACAUGUAUGACGAUUCGUGAGAUUGGCCAUCGAUGAACUUGUGACAAGCAGGUAUGGGAUUGGAUCUUUGUCCCUGUUGGUUCUUGGCACCUUCUUUGUUCAUUGGUUGGUGGAUAUCCAAAGAGAUGCAGGUAGUGGUUGAGUGUUUAUUGUCUUAAUCAAAAUUUGCAACCAUUCAUCUAUUGAGUGAUCUUUGACUAAUAUAAAAAGGACCACACGAUAGUUACAGCUUGAAAGGGGUGUUUAGUGGGUUGUUGCAACAAAACAUUGAUGACCCAUUUGCUUAAUAAAUGCUCUCUCUCUCUCU